AUGGCUCGUAGGCAGAGUGAUUGCCUCACUAAGUAUUUAUUAAAUACUUACGCAACUCCAUUCCAAUGUGUUGCAGCUCCUCGCGCCUGGAACAAACGCUUUGCAACACAUGCUUGCAACAUCGGCUUCAAACAGAGCAUCACCGACCCGUCUCUGUUCAUCCUCUGUCACAACAACGAGAUUGCCUACCUGCUUCUCUAUGUCGACGAUAUAGCUCUCACCGAAUCCUCCAUGCCGCUUCUCAAUUGCAUCAUCUCUGCACUCGCCUCCGAAUUUGAGAUGACUGACAUGGGUAUUCUUCAAUACUUCCUCGGUAUCUCCUUCAAACGUGAUCACCAAGGACUUUUUCUCCAACAACAGAACUAUGCCGCUGACAUCUUACACCGUGCGGGCAUGACUGAUUGUAACCCCUGUCUAACUCCUUGUGACACAAAAUCCAAGCUCGCAGCAGCCGAUCAUCUCUGCACUCGCCUCCGAAUUUGA